AUGACGACAAAUAUUGCUGAGUCAAUUAAUGCAGUGCUUCUAGAUGAAAGAGAAUUUUCCAUCACUGCCUUAUUUGAUGCGAUAAACAAGCGAUUUGCUGAGAUAUUUCAUGAGAGAUGUAUAUUGUCACCGGUCAUGAAACUGUUGCAACAGUUGAUUUACAAAGCAAAUCUUGCAGUCUUUGAUGUUGAUAAAAUACCUUGCCCACAUGCUAUGGCAGCGCUCCGAUGUCAAUAUGAUGAAGACUAUGGGAGGCAAAUUUAUGAGUAUUCCUCUUUGUAUUAUACGGUAGAUGCAUACAUUAUAGCAUAUGUGGAGAAAAUUAAACCUGUUCUAUCUGAAGAUUCUUGGCAAGUUCCAAUUGAGAUUUUAGAGAGAAAAAUAUCACCUCUAGUUGUUGAACCAGACAAGGUUGGAAGAAGGUCAUAUAAAAGGCGAAAAGGAGUCGGAGAAUUAUUUUCAACCAAGAAAAAUAAAUGUUCCAUAUGCAAAAGGGUUGGACACAAAAAGACUACAUGCUCCGAGCGAAAUGCUUCAUAG